CAUUCACGCUUUCGUUUGCCCUAUUGCUACCUCUCCCCCUUCAUCUGUCUUGGACAAGGUGCCUUACGCGCUUGCCUUGACAUCAUCCCUUCGCGCCGUCCGCAAGCAGGCGCGUCACCCGCCGCACCCACUUGUCCCUCACGAAAAAUAUCAAGUCCAUCCAUCAACCUUCAACAAGCGGCACACUGAACGCUCUCCUAAGCGCAAGGCAUGUGCAGCCGAUGGCAUCCUGGGACCCGAUUGACACCGCUGCUCCCUUUGGAUGUUUUCCGCAGGUAACACCUUCGCUGAUGCCCCCAAUGACCGGCGCCUGCUGAGCGAGCAUGAAGAAGCCUCCUUGGAAGAGUUUUUCUCUAACCGGCCCCAGGACAUUCCGCCAGACGAGUCAGUCCCCUUGCCAGACGAAACCAUGGCAGCUGCUGGCGUCUACGAUGUUGCGCCUCCACCCAGUGUGGUAGACGUCUCUACUAUUGCAGAUCAAAACCGGUCAGCCCAGCAGUCCAUCCCUUACGCAGGGAAUAUGUUUUCUUCUGGUUUUCUCGCCAACACACAAACUCCUGUGCGGGCGACGUCGACCUUAUACAACAGUAUGGAAGUAACUAGCGGCUCUUACGACAGUUUCCAGUCCGCAACAGUCACGAGCGGCUCUUACGACAGUUUUCAUCCUACAACAGUAACCAGCGGCUCUUACGACAGUUUUCAACCUACAACAGUAACCAGCGGCUCUUACGACGGCUUUCAGCCCACGACAGUCACCAGUGGCUACGACAACUUUCAGCCCACGACAGUCACCAGUGGCUCUUACGACAUUUUCCAAACCACACCAGUGACCAGUGGCUCUUACGACAGUCUCCAGGCCACAACAGUGACCAGUGGGCCCUACAACAGUCUCCAGGCUGCACUGGCGGCGAGCGACCCCUUCCAUGUGUCGGGAACUCUCAACAUGACUUCCAUGUUGGCUCCUGCUCGUGUCCAAGUCAUCCCAGAUAGCAUAGCCAACCGACUCACAAUCCAAACUCAACACGCCGAGCGUUUUAGCCAAAUAGCAUCUACCACUACAGGAUUGGUGUCGCCGAGACGGUCCUUGACGAGGCCGUACGUGUAUGGCACAGAUACCCGCUUCAAUCCGUUUGGAUAUACACCUGCGAGCCGGGGUGCAGAAGCUGCAAUAGUCAACCGCUUGACAGACGACAUGCAUAACGCCAUUCGUCUGGACAGUUCAGCUCAACUUACCAACGGUGCAACAGUAUCCAUCAAGACAGAGACCGCAGAGUCUGCGGAAGCUUCCGGCGAGGACGAGGCGAACGGGCCAAGAGCUAAGAGGCGCAAAGUCAGCACAACGACGAGCGUGGCCUUUGAAAGCUCUGCAAUGGAAAGAAUCUCUUCCUCUACUUCCACUGCCAGCCGGAACCGAUCCACGGCUGACGAGUCCACGCCUAGGAAGAGGAAGCGAUCAACCCCGGCUGGCCAGGGACGGCAAAGGCAAAACCUGACCAACGAGCAGAAGCGCAACAACCACACUGCUUCGGAGCAGAAGCGUCGCAACGUGAUCAAGGGGGGCUUCGACAAACUCGAAUUGCUCGUUCCCGGAAUCAAGAAUGGCAAUUUCAAGAAGGCUGCCAUCUUGAAGGAGACGACAGAGUUUCUACAGAUGCUGCAGGAGUGCAACAAGACUCACGAGAGUUACAUCGGCAGAAGGAGAGGAUGAGAUCAUUCUCAAAUUUCUGCCACCACCUUUGGUCAAGAUAUCAACGCCAUAUGAAUGGUCAUAAUGUCUAACGAUAGAGCGAACCAGCG